AUGUGCAGCUCUUGGGUUGUAUUAGUGUUUUGCUGCUUGGGACAGCUGUGUGCAGAUCAAAGCCUGAAGCCUCAGAUUGCAGCCCCUCAGCUUGCUACGAUCAAUCCCACUUUUACUACAAUCACUCUAGAAAAACCCUGCUGUAUGUUUGACAGUUCAUUGAGUCCAAAGAAACCUUACAUCAUCUUGUAUGCAAUGAAGGCAUCAGCAAGUGUGAUAAGCUCCCUGGUGACUGACAACAACAGCAAACCCAACAGCAAGUUCCAACAAACAAACAGGGGACAGCUUGGACCUUACAAGGCUGCCUUGUUCAAUGUACCCAACUGUGCAUCACCUCCCAAGCUUGCUGAUGUAGGAGAUGUCAACAAAGGUUCUGAUGUCCUGAAACAAAACCUCUUCAGAGUUGGGGAUGAUGGGACAUGUUUGUACCACCCAAACUUCCUAGCUGUCUGUAGCCCACCUCUUGCACCAGACACAACAUACAGAUGUGGACCUGGUGCUGCUUGUUUUAUUUUCAUGGGAUUCCGUGGAAUCGAGGUUCUCUUUGGUCUCCAGCUUCAGGAUGCCCCUAAUCUGACUGGAGAUUUCACACUGAAGGUCAAGUGGCCUGCAGACUUGUCUGAUCUCUGUUUUGAACUUGCUAUGAAAAUUGAUACCUGGCCUGGUCACAGAAGUGGAGGCAUGAUUGCCAUUACAACAGUCCUGAGUGUUCUUCUGUUUCUUCUGCUUGCUGGCCUUUUUGCAUCUGUGUUUUCUGCUAUGGUGGGAUCGGAAGAUUCCUCUGCAAAGAAAAGGCCCAUGUCUCAGACUAUUCAACAAAGUGAACCAAGACCACAGUUAAGCUCUGAAUGA